ACCCAAAGUCACCCCCUCCCACCUUCUCACAAACUCCCUAUAAAUACAUUAUUCUCUUCCUUUGGAAUCUCAUAAACUCUCAACACUUCUCAUUAUAAAACUCUCUCUCUCUAAAAACCAAAAAACAACCCAGCUUUCUCUCUCUUAAAAACUCACAACAACAAACAAAAAAAAUGGCAUACACAAGAACUAAAGUAUUCUUCUUACUUUCUCUCUUGGUUGCCACUUCUAUGGCCCAAGCACCCGCACCCACACCCACACCCACACCCACACCCACCGCCACCCCCGUAACACCCACCGCCGCCCCUUCACCCGCACCAACCGCCGCAACACCCGUCGCAUCACCAGUAGCAACACCCGUGUCAGCGCCUACAACAGCCCCUGUUGCGACACCCACAGCUGCACCAACCCCGUCAACGGCACCCGCUACUAGUCCUUCUGCCGAGGCCCCUGGUGCACCCGCCCCCGCGGUCGAAGGGCCGGGUGCUUCUGGUCCAUCAGUAGAGGGACCAGGGGCUGGUGGUCCAUCCGCCGAUACCCCGGCUAGUGACAACACUAAUUCUGCAGGAAGGUCUGUUGUUGCUGGUGCCGUUCUUUUUGGUGGGUUCGUUGCUGCUUUGAUGGUUUAAUUUGAUUUUAGAUGUUUUUUUUGUUUGUAUUUAAUUUUGGGUUUAUGAUUUUAAAUUUAACUACAUUUAUUGAAUUUGGUUGUUGACUGUUGAGGUUUUUGAGGAUUAUUAUUAUUAUUUUGGUGAUGGAUUUCAUGGAUUCUUAGGUGCUUUUGAGUAGAAAUUCUUUUGUAAAGAAUCCCAUGUACAUGGAUUAUAAUUACUAAUAAAAAAGUUGAUUAAUUUUUCUGAA